AUGUCGCUGUAUACAACGUCGAGCGUCCAACGCGCGUUGGCCAUCCCGGAGCUACUCUCCUCCAUCUGCCAGCUGCUGGGACCAAAGGAUAUCCUGUCAAACGCUUGUGUAUGCAAGACGUGGUCCAAUGUGGCACUGGACGUCCUCUGGAAAGAAGUAGACGAUAUUCACAAUCUGCUGUCACUUCUUGCACCGUUGAAACAGAAGGCCGGUCAGGGCUACCUCCAGGCAUUCUCUCGUUCGAUUGAGCCCGAGGAUUGGAAACGGUUUACGCGAUAUGCAGGUCGCAUUCGAGCUUUGGUGCACAACCGUGAAAAGUCAAAGUCUCGUACCGUCACUCCGAACGUCUUCCAUGAAGUAUCAAGAACGCGCAUCAGCCUCAAUAUCCUGCCCGUCCUGCACACUCUCGAAUGGAGCCGGAGUAUAGAUCUGAAUUUCUCCGUGUUGUUCAUGCACAAAACCGUGAAACGUUUCAAGUUCUUUCUUAGGGAGGAAAUGGUCACUCCUCCAAACGGGCUGGCUGCCUUCUUCCAGGCUGUCACGACCAGAAUGCCUGAUCUCGAGGUCCUCGAUAUAAGCAGCGUUCAGUCAGUCUCCGACAUUGAGGCGGACAUGAUCAAACUACUCUCGGGGCUCCCGAAACUCAAAGAGGUCAUACUUCCACUAUAUUACGUUUCUCCCAAUAUUUCCGAGACCCUCUCUCGACUGCCAAACCUCAAUGUGUUGGGUUUCCAAUACGAUGACGAACAAGGCAGAGGGGACAGCCAAGAUGUAGCUCUUCCGCCAGCGACCCUUGGUGAAGGUGCAUUCCCAGCCCUUUAUGACCUAGCGUUGUCAAUGCCUUUCGUCCAUGCGUCCGAACUCUUCGACCAGCCAUUCUCCCCGCAGAAUAUUACAAUGCUCUUCAUAGACUCAGCGUUACCCGAAUCACCUUCCGACAUACAUAACCUCCUCUCCGUCAUCGUGAAGAAUUGUCCUUUGCUCAUCAACCUCUCGCUGAAUCCCCACUUAUCUACCACGGACAACCCACCUACCGACGAGCGACUCGCGUACGCUAACCUGCGUCCGGUCUUAACGCUACCCAAUUUAACAUCUUUCGACAUUAACCAUUACUAUCCUAUCGACCUCAAGUAUAAGGACAUGGAGGAAUUGGCACGAGCAUGGCCAAACCUCGAAACACUUAUGCUCAAUAGCGACCCCGUUGCUCUCGACCAUCCGCCAGCCCUGAGCAUCGCUGCCCUCAUACCCUUUGCCGAACAUUGUCCCAACAUUCGUCAACUUGGUCUGUACAUGAACGCUGCCGAAGAGGACCUCCCGUCAUCACGCGACCUCGUGCCGUUCAAAUGCCUAGAAACCCUCUCAGUAGGGCUCUCACAUAUAACUGACCACGAGAAUGUUGCUCUGUUCUUGAGCCAUCUCAUCCCCUCCGAGUGCGAACUUGAAUGCGGUGGAACCUGGAGGAUACUGGACUGGGAGUCUUCCUCACCGGCGAGUGAGUAUGGUAUAAUCCAUCAAGCCUGGUCCAUGGUUGGUUCCGUCCUUCCUCUGCUACACAAAGUUCGGAUGCAGGAGAGGAAGCGGUACGAAGAAGCCAAGUCGGAAUUAAACUCAUCACCGUCCCCCAAGGAUGAUCCCUUACCGGUAUCACAGACACCAAUCUCAAUAAGCGACGCUGUGCCUACCCCGUAG